UUUCCCCCCCCUCCCCGCUUCCAGGGCUAUAGACGCGCUGAUUAGGGCGCAUGUGCACGGGCCCUUUGCUUGGGCUGCUGGUAGACCUGGUGGUGGUCUUUCUAGGAGAAAGAUGGCGGCGGGUUGUGGGGCUGGAUCUUGCUGUUGCUGCUGCUGCUGCGGGGAGAGGGAAAGCCACACCCCAGAGGAGCUGACCAUCCUUGGAGAAACUGAAGAGGAAGAUGAUGAGAUUCUCCCGCGUAAGGACUAUGAGAGUUUGGACUAUGAUCGUUGCAUCAAUGAACCCUUCUUGGAAGUCCUGGACAGUCUUGACAACAGGAAUGGCCGGCGGUAUGAAGCAGUGAAGUGGGUGAUGGUUUUUGCCAUUGGAGUCUGCACAGGGAUGGUGGGCCUCUUUGUGGACUUCUUUGUCCGGCUCUUCUCUAGACUCAAGUUCCACAUCGUGCAGAGCUCGGUUGAGGAGUGCAGCGAGAAAGGGUGCCUUGCGGUAUCCCUCCUGGAGCUUCUCGGCUUCAACCUGACCUUCAUCUUCCUGGCCAGCCUCCUUGUCUUGAUCCAGCCUGUGGCUGCCGGAUCUGGGAUCCCAGAGAUCAAAUGCUACUUGAACGGAGUAAAAGUGCCUGGGAUAGUCCGGCUCCGGACUCUGGUGUGCAAAGCUCUCGGGGUGCUCUUCAGCGUCGCUGGAGGUCUCUUUGUAGGGAAGGAGGGGCCCAUGAUUCACAGUGGCGCUGUGGUAGGAGCCGGUUUGCCUCAGUUCCAGAGUAUCUCUUUGAAGAAGAUCCAGUUUAACUUCCCCUAUUUCCGCAGCGACAGGGACAAAAGGGAUUUUGUGUCUGCGGGAGCCGCCGCUGGGGUGGCUGCAGCCUUCGGGGCCCCGAUUGGGGGGACACUCUUCAGCCUCGAAGAGGGCUCAUCCUUCUGGAAUCAGGGCCUGACGUGGAAAGUGCUCUUCUGUUCCAUGUCGGCCACCUUCACUCUGAACUUCUUCCGCUCCGGAAUCCAGUUUGGAAGUUGGGGCUCUUUCCAGCUCCCGGGGUUGCUGAAUUUCGGGGAGUUUAAGUGCUCGGAGUCGGAUAAAAAAUGCCACCUGUGGACUGCUGUGGACUUGGGCUUCUUCAUCCUGAUGGGGAUCCUGGGGGGCCUCUUGGGAGCCACCUUCAACUGCAUCAACAAGAGGCUGGCGAAAUACCGCAUGCGGAACGUCCUGCCCAAACCCAAGCUGGUCAGAGUCUUGGAGAGCCUGUUGGUGUGUCUAACGACCACCCUGGUGGUCUUUGUCGCUUCCAUGGUUCUAGGGGAAUGCCGGCCGCUGUCUUCCGCCAACCACGGGGACAACAGCUCUCUUGGCCAGCAGGACUCUUCCUCUGACGAAGUGAAUUCCAGCAUCAAGGCGUUCUUCUGCCCCAACAACACUUACAACGACAUGGCGACGCUUUUCUUUAACCCGCAAGAGUCGGCCAUCUUGCAGCUUUUUCACCAGGAGGGUACCUUCAGCCCGGUCACUCUCUCCCUGUUCUUUCUUCUCUAUUUCCUACUUUCCUGCUGGACUUAUGGGAUUUCUGUCCCCAGUGGGCUGUUUGUCCCGUCGCUGCUUUGCGGGGCUGCCUUCGGACGCCUGGUGGCCAACCUACUGAAAAGCUACAUCGGUCUGGAUCACAUUUAUUCCGGCACCUUUGCGCUGAUCGGGGCAGCUGCCUUCCUGGGAGGGGUCGUCCGCAUGACGAUCAGCCUCACUGUUAUCCUGAUCGAGUCCACUAACGAGAUCACGUAUGGGCUCCCUAUCAUGAUCACGCUUAUGGUGGCCAAGUGGACCGGAGACUUCUUCAACAAGGGCAUCUAUGACAUCUACGUCAACUUGCGGGGGGUGCCGCUUCUGGAGUGGGAAACCAAGGCAGAAAUGGACAAGCUGAGAGCCAGCGAUAUCAUGGAGCCCAACCUGAUGUAUGUUUACCCCCACACCCGGAUCCAGUCCCUCGUCAGCAUCCUGCGCACCACGGUCCAUCACGCCUUCCCAGUGGUGACAGAGAACCGAGCCUACGAGAAAGAAUUCAUGAAGUGGGACCAGCUGAUCAGCAACAACAUCAAGUUCAAGAAAUCCAGCAUCCUCACCCGAGCAAGCGAACAGCGCAAACGCAGCCAGUCCAUGAAGUCUUACCCAUCUAGUGAAUUGCGCAACGUCUGCGACGACCACAUUGCAACAGAGGAGCCUCCGGAGACAGAGGACAUGUUGCAGCAAAUGCUAGAGCGCAGGUAUACCCCAUAUCCUAAUCUUUACCCGGACCAAUCGCCCAGUGAAGAGUGGACAAUGGAGGAGCGUUUCCGGCCCCUGACUUUCCAUGGUCUCAUCCUGCGCUCGCAGCUGGUUACCUUGCUGGUGCGAGGCAUCUGUUACUCGGAGAAUCAGUCGAGCACCAGCCAGCCUCGCCUCUCGUACUCCGAGUUGGCCGAGGAUUACCCUCGCUAUCCCGACAUCCAUGAUCUGGACCUCACGCUCCUGAACCCCAGGAUGAUAGUGGACAUCACACCCUACAUGAAUCCGUCCCCCUUCACCGUCUCGCCUAACACCCACGUCUCACAGGUCUUCAACCUCUUCAGGACGAUGGGCCUCCGGCAUUUGCCGGUAGUGAAUGCCGUUGGGGAGAUUGUCGGUGUCAUCACUCGCCACAACCUGACUCACGAGUUCCUGCAGGCGAGGCUGCGGCAGCACUACCAGACCAUCUGACUGCUUCCGGCCAACUCUUCCCUUCCCUUCCCGCCUCCAAGCUGUCGCCUUGGGUCCGGCGUGGCCUCCGGGCCAGAUCCGUGCACUUUAAAAGAAAGAAAUGAACAAAACAACGGACAGGCUGCUUUCUCACGGAAGGCCCCCAGCCCGCCUCCCUCGGCCCCAAAUGUGAAGGGAGUUGUGGCUUCUACACUCGCCGGCUCAUCUUAGGGGCUGUUUGCCUGAUGCCCCGGUUGGCUACGGAUUGAUACUGUCCCAACAUUUGACUGCCCUGCCGGCACAUUUUUGAGAAGAAUCGUAUCUACGCUGUUUUCCUGACGGAAGGGGCAUCUGUCUUUCUGUGACUUCCUUCCCCCCCUUCAAUAUCUUGCCUUACCGUAAACCGGGCUUUACCAUCACAGUUUUUUCUUUGCUUGGGGACUUUGGAUUUCACUAUGUACACUUCAAUUUUCAUUCCACUUUCUUAAGAUGUUUUCCCCCUUUUCUUUAGUAAAAGCCCUGCACAGGCUUUGGGGUGCUUGAUGCUAGGGGGAAAAGUA